CUUGCAGCAGUCCUGCUUCUGGCUGGCUCUUCUAGCUCUUUUUCUUAGCAAACCACUCGGAAAAAUAACACCAGAAUUUGGAUUUUCCUCUAAAAUAAAAUCAUGGGUUUUCUUGAUCACAUAGCAGACGUAUGCUCUGAUGCAGCUGACGAUGUGAGCCACAACGUAAAGCGUAAACGCAGGCCAUUGCAGACAGUUGAAAUCAAGGUAAAGAUGGACUGUGAUGGCUGUGAAAGAAGAGUUAAGAAUGCUGUUUCCCACAUGAAAGGUGUGAAAUCAGUGGACGUGAGCAGAAAGGAUAGCCGGGUGACUGUGACUGGAAAUGUUGAGCCGACUAAAGUCUUGAGCAAAGUGAAAGGCACAGGAAAGAGGGCUGAGUUUUGGCCAUAUGUUAGAUACAAUCUGGUGUCUUAUCCAUAUGCUCCUCAGGCUUAUGACAAAAAGGCACCAACUGGUUAUGUAAGGAAUGUUGUUCAAGCAAUGCCAAGCCCAAAUACUCCUACUGAACGCUACGCUUCACUUUUCAGUGAUGAUAACCCUAAUGCUUGUUCAAUUAUGUGAAGAAAAUUAAGGGGAAAAAAAAGUGUGGCACAAUGGUGACCUGCUGGAUGUUGAUCCCUUGCCAAAAUUGAGGUUGGAGAAACUGGCAUUUGUUGACACCUUGCCGUUUGGAGACACUAGAAGAAAAACAUUGAAAAAGGGCCAUGGCCUUUCUUGUCAAUAUCGGUUAUGUGCUUUUCUAUCUUGUCUAUUGCAGAUAGGAAUAAAUGCAAGAUACAUGAAGAAGAUCUAGCAGCAUCCUUUUUUCUUUUUUUUUUUUAGGAGGGGUGGGGGUUGAAGUGGAGGGAAAGGGAAAAGGGAAUUAAUUUUGGUGUAAUAUACAUCUUGUAUGAUAUGGUUUGGACCUUGGAGUAAGCUUAUUAUCAAAAACAGGAAA